AUGAGAACACCUAUUUUCGCCGUGUUUUCGUCAUUGGCCCUCUUGGUGGCCCUUGUCUUUCUUGUCUUGGCCACUGUGUCUGUGCCGGUGGCGUCUGUUUUCAAGCUCGGCCUCACCGAUGAGUUCCAGUAUGGCUUGUUUGGAUACUGUGAUUCGACACUGCUGAACUGUACUAAAGCAACCUACCCCGUAAAAUUCAGCGCAGCUGGUGACUCUGCGUCCUGGUUGUUUGGUGCGCUGACCAGAGACAUGUUGGCACGCGCGUUUGUGGUUUGUCCUAUUGCUGCUGGGUUCACGUUGAUUACGCUUCUUUGCUCUGUGGUAUCCAUCUGCUUUGACACCAGUGCGCUCAAGACCAUUGCACUUAUAUUCAACGUCUUCACGUUUUUGGCCUCGGCCGUGGCCUGUGUCAUGAUUGUGUUGGUGUUUCUGCCUCACGUGGGAUGGCUCGGGUGGCUUACUGUCGCUGCUGCCUUCUUGACGCUUGUCUCUUUCCCACUCUUGUUCUUUUCUGUAGGAGUCCAUGGCCGUAAUGACGAUGAUGAGGAUGAUGACGAACAUGAUGUUGAGCAGAUAAGAGGAAAUGGGUUUUAUGUCGGAGAAAAGUCUGAUGAUUAUGGACGCUCUGACCUCAACAACAAGAACACCAACUUCACCAACUCCACAUUUUCUCCUGUCGCCAGAACCUACGACAACGCGACUUCAGACUAUGGUGAGAGCAAACAAAGCGGAUAUGUUGUCAAGCUGAGCUCCUCGGUGGAUAGUCUCUUGGAGUCCAAGCCUAACAUCGCCAGCGAUGUCACAAAGGCAAACUCGAGCAUCUCAAAACCUUCCAGCAACAAUCCAUCUAAUUUUUAUACUCCCGUGAACCUUAAUAAUGGUCCCAGCACGCCUGUGUCAGCUCACAGACAAAUGGCGCCAAACUACAUGCCUAGUCCUGUUUACACUGGAAACACGAAAAAUUCGGCGCCAUACCCACAAUCCGAUAGAGGUCUGGUUUUGUACAAUCAUCAGCAAUAUGGUGUCUUUGACCACCAUCCUAAUGUUGAGGGUCACCAGCCAUUUACUGAAUUGGGGGACAACGAUCUGCCAGAGAGAAUCUCCGUAAAUGAGGAUCAAGACCGUGUGCUCGAAUCUGACGAAGAGUCUCACUUCACUAGUGUUUCGCAAAGACCACCUAACGAGACGUACAAUUCCAACUAUAUCAAUCAAAAUCAGCAACAAGGAUACUAUCAGGGAAGUGCUGCCAAUUAUCAACCAUCAGCACUGCAACUGAACAUGGUCUCUAAGCGCCCUGUAAAUUCCAGCAAUCCAGGUUCAAUGAACAAGAUUCCAACUUCCAAUGGUGCUCCUCCACAGUUGCAGAACGCUACAUCGUACAGUUCUUUCCAGCAACAGUUCCAGCAACAGCCACCUUUCCAACCUCAGUUUCAACCCCAGCAACAGUUUGUACCACAGGGCCCACCUAGUCUGCAAAACUUCUCCCAAGGCCCACCACCAGGGGCUUACGGAGGCCCUGCCAGACCAGCCAACAACAGACCCACAGUUUCUGAAAAUGCAUUGAACAGCAAUCCUGACUUUGCAAUUGGUUUUGGAAAUAAAAGAAAGACUGGAGCUCGUGCUAUGCCUCCUGCUAGUCGUAUGGCCGGUGGACCACGUAAUGGACAAUUUCCUGGUGCCGGGUACUAA